AUGGACCUCUCCGUGUCCGGCAUGCGACUGGUGGUGGGUGAUCGGCUCUACCACAGCCCUGGCGAUCCAGAGGACGUGGAGGGAGAGCGCGAGCGACCAGCGAUCACCCUGCCCCUCUGGGCUUUCGAUCAGUACAUCGUCACGCCUGAAGGUGAGGCCCCACCGGAGCUCACAGAUCCGGAUCUACCCAACAUGGGCCAUAAGCGCUUCGGUCAGCUGCGCGAGUAUCGGCGAUCACUCGAUGCCUUAGAGCUGGUUCCAGGCCCUACCUUCACGUUUUGCUUCUGGGGUGUGAGCCGCUUUUGCGACGUCCUCCAGUGGCAGGCCACGGGCAUCCCCAUGUUCACCCCUCUCGACCUGAAUCAGUACUGCGGUAGACCUCCGCUCCACUUUGUCCUCUACACCCUCACGGACAACGGAGAGGAGACCCGGCACCUACAGAGCCGCAAGACCUACUUCUUCCGCUGCAGCUUCUGGAGCUCGCUCCGGCGCCCAGGGAGUGACGUGGUGCGACACUUCGCCGGAAAGUCGCUGGACCUGCUGCGAG